CUGCGUCAAGAUCCGUGGUCAGUUGCGAUUCCGAACGAACGAUAGCGAAGAUGAGCCCCAAGAUGCUCCUCAUGAACCCCGGCCCGAUCGCCUUCGAGUCGGAAGUGCUCGCAGCCUUUGCCCACGAAGGCAUCUCGCAUGUCGACCCGGCCUUUAUUGAAGUCUUUGGCCAGUGCCUCGAGCAGAUGCGCCACAUCUUCUUGGCCGACGACGGCCAGCCGCUCAUCGUGGCCGGCUCGGGCACCUUGGGCUGGGACAUGGUGGGUGCCAACUUGAUCGAAGCCGGCGACAACGCCCUUGUCAUCAACACGGGCUACUUUGGCGACUCGUUUGGCACGUGCCUGGAGCGCUAUGGCGCCACGGUCACGCACUUGCGCGCACCGGUGGGCUCGCGUCCGUCCAUUGACGAGCUCAAGGCCGCGCUUACGGGAACAUCGUACAAGGUCAUCACGAUCACGCAUGUGGAUACGUCCACGGGUGUCCUCUCGUGCGCGGCCGAGUACACGGCGGCGAUCCGCGCCGCGCAGCCCAACGCAAUUGUCGUGCUCGACGGCGUCUGCUCGCUUGGCGGCGAAGAGCUGCGCAUGAAGGCGUGGGACAUUGAUGUCGUCUUGACGGGGUCGCAAAAGUGCAUUGGCGUGCCCGCGGGCUUGAGUCUCCUCAUGCUGCGCCCGCGCGCGAUCAAGGCGUUUGAAGCCAUUGGCUACGCCAAGGGCGCCUAUUACGUCGACUGGGCGCACUGGCUGCCGAUCAUGAAGAACUACGAGGCGCGCCGUCCGUCGUACUUUGCGACGCCGGCCGUCAACCACUUUUACGCGCUCCAGAAGGGCUUUGAGAUCCUCUUAGCCAACGGCGGCAUCGAGCAGCGCUUCAUCGAGCAGCGCAACAUGUCGCUUGCGAUCAAGGGCGCGAUCAAGGCGCUCGGCUGCGGCUUUGUGCCAGCGUCCGACUGCGCCGCCAACACGCUCACGUGCGUGCGGUACCCCAAGGGCGUCGCCGGCCCCGACUUUUUGCCGAAAGUCACGGCGCGCGGCGUCUCGCUCGCCGGCGGCCUCCACAAGGACAUCAAGAUGGAGUACUUCCGCAUCGGCCACAUGGGCCAGAGCACGCGCAUCAUGGAGCAUGCGAUCCGCACGAUCAACGCGAUCGAAGCCGCGCUCAUCGAGUGCGGCCACGUGGUCCCGACCAAGGGUCAGGCCGCGGGCGUCAUCAAGUCGGCGCUCAAGGCGACGCUGCCGAUGAACAAGGCGGGUCACUGGCACUUUUCGCCGUGCUGCGGUGGCGGUCGCAAGUGCCCCGUCCCGGUCAAGUGCCAGCUCUGGACGAUUGGCCUCGUCGUGGCGGCCUUUGGCGCGGGCGUCGCCCUCGCGUCGCGUCGCAAGUAGCCACUUAUUCUGUAGCCUUGUUCAAUCCAGCCCUCCAGUGGUGUGAUGAGCACACGUUCGCCC